CAAUUGAAUUUUCUCACACCCAACCAACAACAACAACCAUAACAAUUUAGUAACAUAUUCUUGUGCUGUUCAGUUAUAUUUUCCCUUUCUUGUUGUCAUCCUCAUCCUCAUCCUCUCAUCAUCGUUAUCACCAUAAUCUUUAUUUUCCUUGAGUAGUUGAAGCAUGUGUUAUGAAACGAGAACAACAACAAUAUUGCACAUCCGUUCCAUCUUCUUCUUCUUCUUCUUCUUCUUCAUCCUCAUCAUCUUCUCAGUUGAACAAAAACAACAACAAACCCGAAAUUCAGAUAAAUAUCAUCAUCAAUAAGAAAUCGAUUCUCUUUUCCUUUAUUUUCUAAUAUUUUCAAUUUUUCUUUCCUUCUUUUGGUUAUGUUUUAAUUCAUCUUUUUUUCUGGUGUUUUUGGGUUUACCAUUUGGUGUAUUCAUGUGUUGAUGUGGUGUAGAUGUGAAGAGGAAAAUGAGUUUACCAGUAAAAUGGUGGAUUCGGAAAGUUAACACUCUGGUUAUCACCUUGAAGGCAAAUCGAGCCUUAUAUUACUUUUUAUAUUCAUCAAGAGUAACAAGACAAACACUGUCACCAACAAUCAAUUACAAUCAACAAUCAACCGAAAGUUAAUCAAAAAUGAAUUAUAUCAUAAUCUCAUCAUAACAUUAACCACCUUCAUCUCCAACACCGACAACAACAAUGUCAAUCAUCAUGACGAUAAAACUAAUUGCUAAUUUUUUACCUUAAAAAAUAUUCCCAAUCAACAUCUUAUAAUUAUCUUUAAUUAGUGAUAAUACAAUUAACUAGAAAAAUUAAAUGAAAAAACAGGUAAAUUUAUAAAUCAAUCCAAUUAUAUGAUUUUGUUUUUUUUUGCUCAGUAAAUUUUGAAUCUAAAUCAAGUUAUAUAAACUAAAUCAUUAUGUUAAUUGAUAAAACAACUAACACUCAACAAUUAAAAAAGUUAAUUUGUCUGUUAAAACAACCAGAGGAUUAAAAUAUAAGAUUAUUAAGAUCAAAGUGUUUUUAUUAUCCUUAAUUGUAAGUAAUUAACUCAAAAGGAAAUUGCCAGAUCCCACUGUUAACUGUUCAUUAGUUAAUUUAUAUAUAUAAAGUGAUUAAAUUUGGUUCAUCUUUAAUGAUGAACAAUUAACUGAACAUUUUGGUCGAAUUGAAACUCGAUUUUCAAAUUCAUCAAUAGAUUUUAUUCUGAUUGGUGUGAAUAUCAUUUACUAUCAUGUGGAAAGCUUUUGGAACGGAAACUGAUAGUAAUGAUAAUCGACCUCACAUUGGCUACUUCCGACCUCGAAUAUCAUCAAUUUCCGGUGCAUUACAUAGUUUAACUAAGCAACGUUUCCUUACCCCACCAACAUCAGGAUCUAAAGAUGAUGAUACAACAACGGUGGCUGGUGGAGGGCGAACUGGACCAACUAAUGGUCCAGGGGCAGGUGGAGGCGGUUCGAGUGUCUUAGGCCAUCAUGGUAACUAUGGUGGUAUUAACCCGUCCUCGUUUGAUGUGUACAGUUUUGAUGCUUCUCGUAUAAAUGGGACCUGUUUAACUGGGGCCACUGUUGCCCCUUCACCGACCCGAUCAUCAUAUGGUGAACUAUUGGCCUAUUCAAGGUCACCUUCAGCUCGAGCUUCCAUUGAUUCAACUGCAGCUCAUGCAGUUUACGACAUUGAUUUAGAUGGUGAUCAUAAUUCAACUACGGAAGAGGAAGCGAAUGAUAAUCCCAAUAAGUGUUCAAAUCGAGCUCGAAAAUGGAGUCGAGGAAUAUUAUUAACCUUGAUCAUAUCGUUUUCAUGGGUUGGCACUUUUCACCUGAUUCGACUUUGUUAUGAACGAGGAUCGGCACGAAGUGCGACCAUUACCAGCACCCAUCCCAGCAAUACUGAUAAUCACAAUCGUCUAGUUAAUCACCUUAAUAAUGAAACUGCAACAAUUAGUCCUUCCAAAGAAAGUGAUAAGUUACAAUUAGCACGGAAUAAAAAUGUUAAUCCAAUUGAAUCGACGUUCGAUGCUCCGUUUUUCAUGGCCUGGUACGCGUCUCUCUGGAACGUACUUUUCCUACCGAUAUUUGCUUCAUUCAAAGUCUGUUGUUUCAAUAAAGAUAAAACAUCAACCAAGAAGAUGAUUGUUGAAUCUAUUCAACAAUUCAUGGAAAGAGGUUCUUUAUUACAAUUUUUCACUCGAUGUGGCUUAUUCUGUAUUCUAUGGAUUCUAUCUAAUUAUCUUCUAAUUUAUACCAUUCGAAAAUUGGACACUACGGUUGUCGUGGCUCUUUUUGCUUGUUCCGUUUCCUUUGUCUAUUUACUUUCAUGGGUUGUACUUCAUCAGCAGUUUGUUGGAAUCAGGAUCGUUGGGUUCAUACUUUGUAACACUGGAACUGCCUUGUUGGCUUAUAUGGAUGGUGUUAACCGAACGACUCUUUCCAAUGUUUUAAUUGCGAUGAUUGCUUGUUGUGCUGCAGCAAUUUACAAGGUUUUUUACAAACGAACCUUAGGUUAUACCACUUUCGCUCAAACUUCACUAUUUUUCACUCUGGUGGGUUUUAUGAAUGCCUUUCUUAUCUGGCCCAUGGUAUUGUUGCUUUAUUUCACUGGGGCGGAAGUGAUGUCCUGGUCACAAAUUCCCUGGCUUCCGCUUUCAGGGGCAGCAGCCUUAAGUUUAAAUGCUAACCUAUUGGGAAGCUUUGGUCUCUGUUGGACUUAUGAAAUGUUUCUCACCCUCGGGCUUUUAUUUGCAAUACCUUUUUCAGCUGUGAUCGAUGCUACAAUUUACAAGGUCAGUUUCAAGGAGAUGAAACUUGGAGGUAUCUUGUUAAUUAUGUUUGGUUUUAUAAUUGUCUUAUUACCCGACAAUUGGAAUCAAUAUUUGGCCAAUAUACUGAGGUCACGAUUAGCUAAAUGGAAACGAAAUGAACAAUUGAAAAAAAACGGAUCAAGGGUCCAGGAUACAACGACGGCUCAACUGUCACGACUAAGAACACCGAGCGGAAGAGUCAAAUGAUGAUGAUUAAAGGUAAUAAUAGUGAUUACAAUCAAUCAGCUGCUAAUGGUAAACGAUUAUCAUCUUCAUCAUCGACAUCGUCAACAAUCAAAUUACCUUAUCAUUGAUUGUUACGGAAGCCGAAACGGACUAUCCUGAGACCCGAAAAAAAAACAACACCGAUAACGAAACUUGUAUACAAAUGUUGUCCCUUGUUCAUAAUUGAAUCAACAUUUAAUUGCUGAAUCAAAUUUAAAUCAACUCGCAAUAAUCAAUCAUUUUUGGUAAUCAUCACAUGGAAUCAAUGACACAAUCAAUGCUAAUGCAAUUUAAUUUUCAAUUUUUCAUUAUUUUGCUCAUUGAUUGUCAUUAACAAUCUAAUCCUGUUGGCACAAUUAACUAAUUUUAUUUUCUAUUUUGUUUUGUUAUUAUCCCCAAUUGUUAUCAAUUGAUUACCUAUUAUGUUAGUUAAUUGAUUGUAAUCAAUUUCGGUUUAUUUAAUAUUAUGGUUUUGUGUUUUAGUUACAAUCAAUAAAUUGUGGUUUAUUGUUAUUAUUAAUAUAAUAUUAUAAGUUUAAUUGGUAGUA